GAAUCUAGAACGAACGUCGCCGUAUUGAAAUAGACUGCGAUACUUUUGAAAAGACUAAACAUACUCAGAUAUGUGUCAAAAAAUAGAACUAAAUGGAUGACGUGUAUGUAAGGGUCCUUCCGACUUCCGGGUGUGUAUAAACAGAUUGAAAACGGAGUCGCCUCGCCCAAAAGAUGUCUAAAGUAACGUUCAAAAUCACUCUGACGUCGGACCCCCGGCUUCCAUACAAAGUACUAAGUGUCCCCGACAGCACACCAUUCACAGCAGUUUUGAAGUUUGCAGCUGAGGAGUUCAAAGUGCCAUCAGCAACCAGUGCGAUCAUAACAAAUGAUGGAAUAGGAAUCAACCCUGCCCAGACAGCAGGAAACGUGUUUCUUAAACAUGGCUCAGAGCUUCGCAUCAUUCCCAGAGACAGAGUGGGAGGACGAGGAGACUGAUGCUGCUUUUCCACGUUGACGACGUAAUGACUCACCCGGCAGAAUCAUAGAACACUUGAGACCCAGGAAACACCUCAGCGUGUGUCAUAUUCAUCUUCUGGCCCACAACUGACAGUGACUCACAGAAGAAUGUGUAUAUUUAAACUUGAUGAUGAAAUGCACACAACCUCGCAUGCUCCCUUGCUUCUUCAUUCUCAGUUUAUUUUUUGUCGGUAAGCGUAGUUUCAUCAGAAGAUUGGUGUGACAUCUUGAGUUUCCAGAGGUACCGAGUCAUUAAUAUACACAAACACAGCAGAUGGAUCAUGGAAAUGAUUUAGCUGAGAUUAACAAACCGAUUCAACAGUUCUCGCUUUUGUAUCUUUGUAAAUGACAAUAAAUCAAUACAACUAACAACAAGAACAACACAUGCCUGUAUUGCAAUGUUUACUUUUGUCUUCAUCAGCAUUGUGAAUAUGGUAAUAUGGGAGGUUCAAAUAUAUGCACAACAUGCUUUUAAGGACCAUUGUCGUUAUAUUAAGUGGCUGUUGGUAAAUUGUCUGUUAAUAUAUUUUGAUAUAUGAUAUUUUUUGUCAGGCUAUCACAAGAUGAAUAAAACUUGCAUCAUGGGUCUGUACUUGUAUCGUGGAGCAGCUCCUUCCAUAACUCAAGGAACAUUUUUCGCUAAUGUAAGGAGGACAUGCUCAUCUGUCAAACGGUGCAGACGUGGAUCUUUGCUGCCCUCUGUCAGGUUACACUUUAGCAUCAGUUUGUACUCUCCAAAAUGCCUUGUCUCUGUAUUUCAAGCCAUGUAUUAGGCCUCAUCGCACAAUACAUCUAAAAAGACUACAUUGAGUAAUGGAGAGAAUAGUAGAACUAUUUAAUAUGCACUGCUAGCUUAAUUAGGAGCUGAGGAGCAGGUGGUGAGAAAACAAGGCAGGCAUCCAAAAAGCUUUGAUUUAAAUGUGGAGGCCCCAGAAUGUGUCACAAUGGCUAUCAAUAGCUGUUCAUCCCACACCACCACAAACAUAGGUUUUCAUCUGGAAAUAAAUUCACUGUUUAAUUGCAAA